AUGUCUACUCAAUCAGGUAUUAAAGCAUCCAGGGAAUUGUUAUCAUCCUUCUCUCAAUUGAGUCAUGACUUCUUGGUCAUCAAAAUCAAUGGAACUUCUACUGAAUUGAUUCCUGAUCCAAAAAGUCCAAAAUCUAGCAGUUCUUCUUUAGACCAAAGGUUCAAAGAAUUAAAGUCUUACAUAACAUCCAUUCACCCCCAUCCAGUUUACAUCAUUCUUAACUUAGAUGAUGAGUUUGCUUUCAUCAGUUUCAUCCCAGAUAUUGCCCACAUAAGAGACAAGAUGUUAUAUGCUUCCACCAAGAAUACUUUAUUACAAGAAUUGGGCAGUAGUAAUAUCAAGAAAGGGUAUAUAUUCUCUUGGUCAGAAUUAGAUGAAUUGACACAUGGACAUUUCAAGUCAGUUUUACCAGAAACUCAAACCCGAACUUCAAUCGAAGAUAAAACACAAGCUUUGGAAGAAGUAAAUGAUAAUGUUGGUACUUACAGUAAAAGGUUAGCAUCCAUGGAUAACGGAUUGUUAUUCAAACUUGAUGAUGGAUUGGUGCUGCAAUUACAAAAUGCUAAAGAUAAAUUGAUAAUAUUCAAUAUCGAUGACAAAGAAACCUUCAAGUUAUUAUCGGAACAAUCAUGUGAUGUUGACUCAAUUGUUCCAACUAUCGAACAACAUGAAGGUCCUAAAUUUGCGGUAUAUAACUAUCACAAUGAUGACUAUUGUUUGAUCUAUUCGUGUCCAUCAGGUUCAAAAGUUAGAGAUAGAAUGAUUUAUGCUUCUAAUAAGCAAUCUUUAGUGAGCCAUUUGAAACAAUCAUUGAAUAUCCUGAAAGUUUUAGAGGUUGGAGAUAUGGAAGAAUUGGACUUACAUGAAUUAAAACCUCAAGUCAAGGAAACUAAAGUAGAGAAUAAUUUGAGAUUUAGUAAACCAAAAGGUCCAAGAAGAAGAUAA